CCUGAGGCCGCAGCCUCCCCAGAGGAAUUUCCUUCUUACGUUUGCUUCCAGGUGGUGACAAUGUCAACUCCCGCAAGGAAGAGGCUAAUGAGAGAUUUUAAGAGGCUGCAACAAGAUCCACCGGCAGGUAUCAGUGGAGCACCUCAAGACAACAAUAUAAUGCUUUGGAAUGCAGUUAUAUUCGGUCCAGAUGAUACUCCAUGGGAUGGAGGCACGUUCAAGUUGACUCUUCAAUUCACUGAGGAUUAUCCAAACAAGCCUCCAACAGUGAGAUUUGUUUCCCGAAUGUUUCAUCCAAAUAUUUAUGCCGAUGGAAGUAUUUGUUUGGACAUUUUACAGAACCAAUGGAGUCCUAUAUAUGAUGUAGCAGCUAUUCUCACAUCCAUCCAGUCAUUGCUGUGUGAUCCCAACCCAAACUCACCUGCAAACUCAGAAGCUGCUAGGAUGUUUAGUGAGAACAAGCGUGAGUACAACCGAAGAGUAAGGGAGAUUGUGGAGCAGAGCUGGACAGCAGACUAACUCCAUGCAGUAGUGGGGCAGUGGGGUUUUAAGGUUUGAUGUUAUGGUAGAAUUGCUGUCGGGACCCAUCAACUUUAUCCUGAACUCCCACUCGUGUUCCCUUUAGAAAUGGAUAUUAGGGGUAUUUGAUCGACAUCAUGCUCAAGACAUUUUGCUUCGUGUGUCUUCAUGCCUGUGUAAAAUGGCAUUCAUGUAUCUAUUUGCAUUGAACCAUCAUGAACUUUAUGCUUCUAUAUAAAUAUCUGGUUGCUUUUGUCCCAAA